AUGCAGUACAAGCCACAGUCUCACAGGACUGAACAUGGGCUCCGCAAACACCAGGUGGAAAUACACAGCUUUAACGGCACUCCUUUUGCUGCUGAAGGACGUGACAUAGAUGCAGGAGAAUUAAGGGAGGACAUCCCUGAUAUUAAUUUACAAUCGUCAAGACCACUUUUCCAGGGGGACAUUGCUGUAGAUACGAGAAGAAAUGCAAUCCUGGGUGGCAGAUGGAAGAUGCCAAUACCUUACAUCCUCACAGACUCUCUGGAGUUGAAUGCCAAGGGUGUUAUCCUACAAGCCAUGGAGAUGUACCGACUGAAGUCCUGCAUCGACUUCAAGCCCUACGAGGGAGAGAGCACUUACCUCUCCUUCACCAAACUGGAUGGGUGCUGGUCAUUUGUGGGUGACCUGGGAGAAGGCCAGAAUGUGUCCAUCGGUGCCAGAUGUGACACCAGAGCAAUCGUGUCGCAUGAACUCCUCCACGCUCUCGGCUACUACCAUGAGCAGUCACGCUCUGACCGUGACGAUUACGUCAAGAUCCACUGGGACCAAAUAAUUGAGGGAAUGGAGCACAAUUUCAACAGGUACGAGGAUGACAAGAUCACAGACUUGAACACACCGUACGACUACGAGUCCAUCAUGCACUACCGACCUCUGUCCUUCAACAAGGAGCCCAACGUUCCCACCAUCACCACCGCUAUCCCCGCCUUCAACAAUGUCAUUGGUCAGCGGCUGGACUUCAGCGCGGUUGACUUGGAGAGGCUGAACCGCAAGUAUGAGUGUGCUACAACACAUACUCUAAUGGACCAGUGCUCCUUCGAGCAGAUCAACAUCUGUGGGAUGAUUCAGGAUGACAACGAUGACGCCGACUGGGUCCAGACUCCCAGCUCCACUGGCAGUAAUGACCACACCUUAGGGGGCCAGUGCAGAGACGCUGGCCUCUUCAUGAACUUUGACACAUCGAACGCGCGGCCAGGGAAGAGCGCUCUGCUGGAGUCCCGUAUCCUGUACCCCAAGAGGAGCCAGCAGUGCCUGCGCUUCUUCUACAGGAUGUCGGGGCCCGCCACGGACAAGCUGGUCAUUUGGCUGAGGCUGGACGACGGCACUGGAAACAUCCGGAAGGUGAAGAAGGUGCACACCAUCACAGGUGACGGAGACAGCUCAUGGAACAUUGCUCACGUGCCUCUGAACGUUGGGGUGAAGUUCCGUUACAUGUUCCAGGGCAUCACACAACUGGAAAACCAGCCAUCGAGUGGCAUCUCCAUCGACGACAUCACGCUGACCGAAACGGCCUGUCCCAGGGCCGUGUGGCAGAUUAAAAACUUCAGCAAGCUGGGCUUGGCCGUUGGGCAGCGCAUUCGCAGUGACCGCUUCUACAACUCUGAAGGCUAUGCCUUUGGCCUAACUGUGUACCCCAACGGUUCACGCCCCGACUAUCCCGACUACCUUGGCGUGGGCUUUCACCUGUGCAGCGGAGAGAACGACGGAGUGAUGGAGUGGCCUGCUAAGAACAGGCAAGUGACCAUCACUGCCAUGGACCAGGACCCAGACGCCAUCCAGCAGAUGUCCAACAGCCGUAGCUUCACCACUGAUACCGACACCGAUUGGAAUAAGCCGGGGCCUGCAAAUGGCACCUAUGACGAGGAGUGUGGAUGCUACAGGGGGCCGGAGAGCGGCUGGAGCACCUUCAUGAGCCACCUGCAGCUCCACAGGAGGAACUUCCUGAAGAGCGAUGACCUCAUCAUCACGGCCGACUUUGAAGACCUCACCCACCUGCUGAAGACCGAGGUGCCUGUGGUGGUCCGGCCGAAGGCGAAGGCGACGGAGGAGGAGGUGAAGGUGGCCCAGCCUGAGGAGGUGCAGGAGGAGAAGGAGCGUCCACCCCAGGAAGAGCCUCUGCAGCCCCCCAGUGAGCCCUGUGAGGCCCAGGUCCGGGCCCAGGCCUGCUCCCCCAACCCAUGCCUCAACGGGGGGGUGUGCGUGGAGACCAAGGGCCAGGCCACAUGCAGGUGUGUCACUGGCAAGUCCACCUUCUAUACGGGCGACAUGUGCGAGACACGGCAUUUGGCUGGCUCUGUCGUGGGCGCGUUGGUAGGAGGGGUAAUGGGUUCUGUGGUACUACUCGUCGCCAUCUUGGCUAUCAUUCGUCAGCGGCCCUAAAACAAAGAUGCGGGAUGUCUUCUUGAAUACAUGGGUUCUAAAUGUUUAUUUUCCCCUGACUGCGCGAAAGUAGCUGCGCACAACUCAACCUCUGAUUGUUGGAAACCGCUGUUGGUCAAAAAAUUAGCUCACGUGGUUGGCUGCCAAUGUCUUGCCCCUCCUCACAAUACCAUGUUGAUAAACACGGUGAACCCAUGUAUUGUAUACUUGUCAAUCAUUUUACCGUAAAUGGCACAUUACGCCUCUUUACAGUGCGUGAUUUUCCCGUUCAGUCAAUAUUGUUUCAAAUGUAAAAUAUAUGCGUGUGUGUGUACAAUAUUUGU